AUGGUUGAUGGUUCACACAAACGUCGUUGCUUCGCGUCUUGUUGUUGCGUAUGGAUUUUCAGUCCGGGAACCCAGGGUUUGCUGCGUUUGCAGGAGCGAGGCGUAGCUGAAGCAAGAAUGGCGGGCAUCAGUGAUCGGAAGAAGGUUCCGGCGAUGCCGUCGCACAAGACGUUCAGGGUGAAGAAGAAGCUGGCCAAGAAGAUGAGGCAGAACAGGCCUAUCCCCUACUGGAUCCGCGCGAGGACCGACAAUACCACCAGGUACAAUGCCAAGCGCCGCCGCCGGCGUCGGACCAAGCUUGGAUUCUGAGGUGUUCGCCUCUAUUUCCCGCUUUAAGUUUAGAUUUUUAAGAAUGUUUCUGAGGUCCGAUGAUGAUGUUUCACGACUCUAGAUUUAAGAACCAGUUUGUAAGGAACACGUCGAAGGAAAUCAAACAUUCCGAUUUUUAUU